GUAUGGAAUAAUCCACUUAGGAAGGUUAGCUUCGUAUCCCCUCAAGAUAGCUAGAAAUGCAAGAUCCCAAACGCAUCCUCAGCUGCCUGUCAAAUCCAGAAGCCCAACCUACUGGUGAUCUCAUCAGAAUUUUCAGCAAGCGUGUCAGCAUGCAGGAGCUCUCAGUCUCCAGUUGAGCUCUUGCAGUGGGUACUAGCUGGCUUGUCUGAGACAUCUAUGGAGCUUUGAGACUCAACCUGUUUUUAUUUUGCUUGCUGUGUGAUCGACUAGUGGCUUUGUACUUUGCUCAUGCUGUCUGACUUCAGGAGGGGUGUCUUAUACUCAUUCUUUCUCUCUUUUCCCCCUCACUUACUGGAAUAUCUCUUACAUUUUAUGGGUGCUUGAUCUGAAUAACAGUGCCUGAAGAUGAGUAAACCUUGAACAGGUCACACUAAGUGGAGGAAAAGAUAAACAACAAAUAAUAUUACCUCCAAAUGUCGCUACAAACAAUGGGUAUCAAAGAAAGUGUGUUGCUCUGGGUCAUCAUGCCAGCACUUUUGAUGCCACGUGUCAUGUCUACUUGUCCUGCUCUGUGUCGAUGUGACAAUGGUUUUGUCUACUGCAACGAUAGAGGUUUGACAUCCAUUCCUGCCAAAAUACCGGAAGAUUCUACAACUCUUUUCUUACAAAAUAAUCAGAUUAAUAAUGCUGGGAUCCCCAGUCAAUUGAAGUAUCUGUUGAAUAUAAAAGUGAUUUACCUUUACGAAAAUGCUUUGGAUGAGUUCCCUAUAAACCUUCCCCGAUCUCUGAGAGAGCUGCAUCUUCAAGACAAUAACAUUAGGGCCAUCACACAUGAUGCACUUUCAAGGAUUCCUUUGUUGGAGAAGUUACAUUUGGAUGAUAACUCAGUGUCAACAGUCAGCAUUGAGGAACAUGCUUUUGCUAAUAGUAAGCAUCUCAAACUGCUCUUUUUGUCCAGGAACCAUCUAAGCAGCAUUCCCACUGGCCUUCCUAAAACACUGGAGGAACUGAGGCUCGAUGACAACCGGAUUGCAACCAUCCCACACUAUGCUUUCAAAGGUUUGGUCAGCUUAAGACGCCUAGUGCUGGAUGGUAAUCUUUUAGCUAAUCAAAGAAUCGCAGAUGAGACUUUCAGCAGACUUCAAAACCUGACUGAACUUUCAUUGAUCAGAAAUUCUCUAAUUUUUCCACCACGAAAUCUGCCUGUUUCAAACUUACAAAAGCUGUACCUUCAGGAUAACCUCAUUAGUUACAUUCCAGCCAAUGCUUUUUCGAAAAUGAGACAGAUACAGCGGCUGGAUAUAUCCAACAACAACUUAACAACUUUGCCAAAAGGAGUCUUUGACGACCUAGCAAACUUGAGUCAGCUACUUUUGCGUAACAACCCCUGGUAUUGUGGCUGCAAAAUGAUGUGGCUCAGAGACUGGUUACAAACAACCGCAUUUCACAUCAAUGUGCGAGGGCUAAUGUGCCAAGGGCCUGAUAAAGUCCGAGGAAUGGCAGUCAAAGAUAUCAAGUCAGAAAUGGAUGAGUGCUUUGAGAACAGCUUGCAUGGCGGCAACACAGCUCUGAAACCAACUCCAAUUGUUCAUACAGCUACUGUCACUCAAGGACUGCAAUUCACUUACAAACCGAGGCGACCAAAUCUGAAGCUACCAGAUUCAGCUGUGGAUUAUCCUUUGUCAAGAGGGUCAGAAACAAAACCAAUAAUCAUUAAUGUGAUGCCUUUAACUGCGGACAGUAUUCGUAUCACAUGGAGGGCAAUGUUACCAGUCACAUCCUUCAGACUCAGUUGGCUCAGACUCGACCAUAAUCCAUCAGUGGGUUCCAUCACUGAAACCUUGGUACAAGGAGACAAGACUGAAUAUCUUCUCACGGCCCUUGAACCCAAGUCAACCUACAUCAUAUGCAUGGUUACAAUGGAAGCUAACAACUUCUAUGUGAGAGAUGAAACACCAGUAUGUGCUAAAGCAGAAACUGCAGACUUAUACAGUCCCACCACAACGUUAAACAGGGAACAAGGGGAAUCGGACCAAGUAGGUCUUCCUUUAGCUGGUAUUAUUGGAGGUGCAACAGCCUUAGUGUUCAUUGUUGUUGUCCUUGCUGCAAUAUGCUGCUACAUUAAUAACAACAGGAAUGUUUUUUCACAUGAUCAGGUGUACAAUAGAGGUUGCAGAAAAAAAGAUGAUUACGCAGAAGCAGGGACAAAGAAAGAUAAUUCCAUUUUAGAAAUCAGAGGGAGUGGCUUUCAAAUGAUUCCACUCAAUAAUCAACAGCGAUCAAAGGAGGAAUAUGUGAUUCACACCAUAUUUCCAUCCAAUGGGACAAGUCUUUACAAGAACACUCAUAGUACAGCCCUCAGCAGUAACCGAGGUUACAGAGACGGUGGGAUACCAGAUGCUGAAUAUUCUUACACGUGA